AUGUGCCAACACUCCUCAAAAACAGAAGUCAUGCCCCGCGUAAACUCCUCAAAAACAGACGGCAGGAGGUGCGCGUCCAAGCCAAUGUGCCAACACUCCAACACCCUUCUGCACUUCCUCCGCCACGUCUCCUUCCCGCCGGACGCGCACCUCCUGCCGUCCGCGCUCAAGUCAUGCCCCGCGCAGCCCCUCGCCCGCGCGCUCCACGCGGCCGCCGCGGUCUCCGGCCUUGCGGAGGAUCCCUUCGUCGCCUCCUCGCUCCUCCACACCUACCUCCGCCUCGGAGCCACCAGCGACGCCCGCGGCGUGUUCGAAAGAAUGCCGGACAAGAGUGUCGUCGGCUGGAGCGCACUCAUCGCCGGUUACUCUGCACGAGGCGAUGCCAAGGCCGCGUGGGGCCUUCUGGAGCGGAUGCGGAGCGCCGGCGUGGAGCCGAAUGUGAUCACCUGGAAUGGACUGGUUUCCGGGCUGAACCGGAGCGGCAGCGCCCUCGACGCUGUCAAGGCAUUUGUGAGGAUGCACGGGGAAGGGUUCUUGCCGGACGCCACCGGUGUCUCGUGUGCACUCUCUGCGGUCGGGGAUGUGAAAGAGGUCUCGGUUGGCGAGCAGCUGCAUGGAUAUGUGGUGAAGGCAGGGUGCAGGCUAGAUCAACAUGUGGUCACUGCGCUCAUCGACAUGUACGGCAAGUGUGGGCGUGCUGAUGAGAUUUCUCACGUGUUCCAUGAGUCCAGCCACAUGGAUGUUGCUACCUGCAACGCUCUCGUCGCUGGGCUCUCUCGGAACGCCCAGGUCUCUCAGGCAUUGUUGCUGUUCAGCGAGUUUGUUAGCCGAGGAGUCGAGUUGAAUGUUGUGUCUUGGACCUCGAUUGUUGCCUGCUGUGUGCAGAAUGGGAAAGAUUUGGAAGCGGUGGAUCUUUUCAGGAAGAUGCAGUCAAAAGGGAUCGAGCCAAAUUCAGUCACGAUACCCUGCGUAUUGCCAGCAUUUGCCAAUGUUGCUGCUCUUAUGCAUGGCCGGUCAGCACACUGUUUUUCUCUUAGGAAGGGAUUUCUUCAUGACGUUUACGUUGGCAGUGCGUUGGUGGACAUGUAUGCAAAGUGUGGCAAGGUCAGGGAUGCGAGGACGAUCUUCGAUGCAAUCCCGUCUAAAAAUACGGUUUCGUGGAAUGCGAUGAUUGGUGGCUAUGCAAUGCAUGGGGAGGCCGCAAAUGCUGUGCAGUUGUUCUGUUUGAUGCAGAAGUGCAAACAGAAGCCCGACCUAGUCACAUUCACCUGUGUCAUUGGUGCCUGUGGCCAAGCUGGCCUGACAGAGGAGGGGCGUCGCUACUUCAGUGAAAUGCAGCAUAGUCAUGGCAUUUCCCCGAGGAUGGAGCAUUAUGCAUGUAUGGUUACUCUGUUAGGACGGGCUGGCAAGCUUGAUGAGGCAUACGAUCUCAUAAAUGAGAUGCCAUUUGAGCCAAAUGGUUGUAUUUGGGGGUCCUUGCUGGGCUCCUGCAGGGUUUAUGGAAAUGUGUUCCUGGCCGAAGUCGCAGCAGAAAAGCUAUUUGAACUAGAGCCAGAAAAUACCGGCAACUAUGUCCUGCUUUCCAACAUUUAUGCGUCUAAAAAAAUGUGGGACGGGGUAAGUAGAGUGAGGGAUCAGAUGAAGAAUAUGGGAUUGAAGAAAGAAAAGGGUUGCAGUUGGAUAGAGAUCAAGAACAAGGUGCACAUGUUGUUUGCUGGUGACAAUUCACACCCCAUGAUGACUGCGAUAACGGAGAAACUAAAGCAGCUUACCAUUGAGAUGAGCAGGCUGGGCUUUGCACCGAGCACAGAUUUUGUCCUACAUGAUGUGGAAGAACAAGAAAAGGAUGAUAUCCUUGCUGUGCACAGUGAAAAGCUGGCUGUUGCAUUGGGCCUCAUAAGCACGAGCCCAGGAACACCCCUCCGGGUGAUAAAGAACCUCCGGAUUUGUGGUGAUUGCCACGAAGCAAUGAAGUUCAUAUCAUGUUUUGAGGGGAGGGAGAUAUCUGUUAGAGACACCAACAGGUUUCAUCACUUCAAGGAUGGGAAAUGUUCUUGUGGGGAUUACUGGUGA